ACUUGGCGAAAAUAAAAGAGAACAAAAGAGGUCUGCUUCUUCGCCGUCUGUGUGUGUGCCUCUUCCUCUUCUAAAGAUGACGGAGGAAGAGGUAGCCAUGGAAGUGGAAGCUCUAGAAGCAGUUUACGGCGAAGACUGCGUUAUACUGGAUUCAUAUCCUCCUCAUCUUCACCUCCAUAUCAAGCCCCGUACCGCCGAGAUCUCUUCUCAGCAGUUUGUGGAAGCUGUUGUGAGAAUCCAAGCAGGUUCUAAGUAUCCAGAUGAACCACCUCGAAUUAGUCUGAUUGAAUCCAAGGGUCUUGAUGACCAAAGGCAAAAGCAUUUGAUUGGCAUUGUGCAAGAGAAAGCUUCUCAACUAUCAUCUUCUUUAAUGCUUGUAGAACUUUGUGAGGAAGCAGUUGAGAGGCUCACAAUUAUGAAUCACCCGGAUGGAGAUUGUCCACUGUGUUUGUAUCCAUUAUUCCCUGAGGAAGGCGGGAGUAAACAAAUGCCAUUUAUGAAGCUGAUGUCUUGUUUUCAUUGUUUCCACUGUGAGUGCAUCAUUAGGUGGUGGAAUUGGCUUCAUGCACAGAAAGAUGCUGAUUUGAAAUCUGGCGACACUUUACAUAUGCGUAGAGGAUCAAGUACUCGAGAAGGUAAUUCUGGAAGCUUGGGAAACUGUCCAGUGUGCCGCAAAGUUUUUCAUGCGAGUGACAUUGAACAUGUUCUUGACUUAGUUGGUGGUCAAUCAUCUCUACAGGACUCUUGUUUAAUACAAGGUGAGGACCAAGACCCGCUGCUCCAGUCAGAUUCAGAGAACAUAAGAAGAGAGCGGUUUGAGGCUAUUCUAAAGACGCAGGAAGAAAAAGGCGGUUUGGUUCAACCAAAGAAAACCAUAUCGGUUGUGCCAGGUAUGUAUCUUCCUCCACCAGCUCCUGCAUCAUCGUCACCAAACGAAGAAGAAGAAGCUGGUCAAAGCCAAGAACAAGGAGAAGAAGAACCCAAAGAAGCUGAAUCGGAGACAAACUCUAGCAGCUCCAGCAACAGGAGAGGUCGAGGGAGAGGCAGAGGCCGAGGCCGGGGACAUAAUGUCAAUCACAGGAAGCAGAAUUCGCAAGAUCCAAGAAAACCGACGAGGCAAUGGGUGCAGAAAGCCAGAGAAGUCGCCGAUCUCUUGGCCGCGCUUGCUUACAGGCUUCAGAAUGGAGAUCAAUUAUUCGAAGAAGAAGUGGAAGAGUCUACUUCCUCUAUGGGACUAGCUAUCUCGGGGCUUAACCGAUCUCUGACUCUGGACAUCGGCGCCGAGGAUUCUGGGGUCAGGGUUCUGGACGCAUCGUUGUCUCUAAUGUGCUUCAAGGCACCUCAGGUUUUCGAUUCAGCGAUUGAGUAUAUGGUGCGAACAAUUGUUUGCGCCUUAUCAUCUUCAAGCAAUUGUAAGGUACUUAAGUAUCGAAACGAGGAAACAUUACAGUUUGGGAGCUCCAAUUUACCUCAGUGCUCUGAAGAAUUGAUCGAAAUCUCUAAGGAUAUUAUUGAUAAACUGGGGGCAAAUGGAAGAUUGGCUACAUUGUUAUUCCAGGCUGUUGUGAGAUCAGCAGCUUCAACAUGUAAGAUCAGCAGCUUCAACGCGCAUAGAAAUCUUAUGGAUGGACGAAAUAGGGCUGUAUCGAAGCUUCUUGCUUACUUACCGAGACAAUCAUCUAUAGAGAACCACGAGAUACCUCUGAGGAUUCUGUUCUGGUAUCAAGAUCCAUUGUCUUUGAAGGAAGAUGUUUCCAGAAUCUUGAAAGAUGUGGUGGAAAGGCCUUUCCUUUGUCUAAAAAAGGAGCUUUUCGAGAGGGCAGAGUGGCGCGAUAUUGUCAUCUGCUUAGCGCUGUCUCCUACUAUGUUUAUCAACACUAGAGCCCUCUUACAUAAAUGGCUUUUGCUUACGGGACUUGCUGCUGUUUUUGAAGUACUUGCUGGCUUGGUCUCUGCAAUAAUGGAUACAAUUUCAAGACCAUCGUUGUGGGGUAUACCAAUGGAACUAGCUUCCAUGUUACCAUUUUCUGAUACAUACUUUCCUUUCCAGUGUCAAUUUCUGAGAAUCUUGGCUGGUCCUCUCAGUUUCAAGUCCCUCCUAAUGUUAGCUCAUACUGUCAGUAAAGCAUCUGCUGUCCCUAGGCAACAACAACGGGAUACUAAUUGUAAGCCUACUCCAAUAAAAGUUCAAGCAUUAGAUGACAAAACCGAAUGGGCUUUGGCUAUUAACUUCCCAGAUUGGUUCUAUUUUGCUUCUGCUAUGCUCUUCUCAGAAGGAAAUUCGUUUGAAAAUAUCCACCAUAGAUGCACUUCAAAAGUGGCUGAUUGUAGACAAGCAUGUGAUAUAGAUCUCUCCAUUGCUGCGGCUACAUACAUUUCUUGGAUUCUAAACCCUGGAAGUGGAACCAUUCAAGUAUCAGUAAGUAAGUCUCUCAUUAGAGUCUCAGAGAUAUGUAUCAGCAACAGUUGCGGUUCAGAAGCACAUCGUACUGAGACUAUAACUGGCAAGAGAAAGAAACCAGAUAGGCUUGUUUCUGGCAAAAUAAAGUCUUCUAGUAUUGUGGAAGACCUAUUGAGAGAAUUUGAAAACAAAAUCACCAAUUCAGUUUCUUAUGAAUUGGAUUCUCGGAAAACACAUCCAUCUUUCUGCUGUGGCCUCCAAAACAAUUUUUUGGUAAGAAGAGUCGUGGUUGGCAUACUUUUUGGUUCUCCAUAUUCAGUAACAGAUGAUGAGUAUGAACUGGUACUGCACUAUGCUGCAACUGGGAAAAUUCUUGCCUUUAAUAAAUCAAGGAGUACCGGAUUCAAACAAGGAAAGGGAUUCUCUGGAAUAUCUGCUUUACUGCCGAAUGAAAUUACCAAGGAGGAGGCUAUUGAGGGCACACUUCUUGUUUUCAACUUAACUGACACUUUGGAGAGUAUGUGUGUAUCAAGUUUUGAAGCUGGAGAGGACGCCGAGAAGUUUAUUAACCAUUUUAAGCUAAGAUCCAGCAAAUACUUGGUCAAGUGUAUAGAUCGCCUGAUACAACUUCACUGUACAGAAGAUGGAGAUCCAAUACUAAGUGACAUUAAUAUCAGACUGCUACAAUGGACAAUAAAAGGACUAGAAGAUCCACAUUUCAACAAAGUUCUUGAUAAUAUCGCUGCUACGUUGGACUGCAAAUUCUCGCCCGUGUAACUGUCACCAUAUAGCUUGACUUUUAUCAUAUUUGGUGGUACACAUAAUUUUUGGGAAAAUGGUGAUCAAAUGUGGACUUUUUAAAGCGCACAAACCACUGGUAUGAAGAUAUAAAUGGUGUACAGGUAA